AUGGCCCAUUGCCGGGCAGCACCCUUGCACCCGGAUGAUAUUACUCCAUAUCUCGGUCUUCAGGCCCGUCUUUCUCAAAUCUGGAUCAACAGAUGGACCAUCUUACUGCUCCUUGUCCUCUUCCGCGCCUUGAUGGCCGCUAGCGGGUUGAAUGACGAUAUGGCUACAGCCAAGCGUGAGGCACUGUCAGCAUGCUCAUCGGUCGAAUCCAUGGGCAGCUCCAUGGCCUCCAUGCCCCAUUACCUGGCGCAGGGUGUGAAUGAGCUUACCGCCGCGGGUGUCGAGGAGGCCGUCAAGGGCCUCACGACGAUGCUCACGCUGACCGUCACGGCUGUCGAAGCGAUAGUUCUUUUCAUCAUCAAACUCAUGUACUCUACCUAUCUGUGUCUGAUUACGCUGGCUGUCCGCGGCAGUGUGCAGGUGGCGGUGGAUUUGCUCGGCGAGGCUACUGAAGCUGUGAACAACACAAUCAAAAGCAUCGGUAACGACAUCUAUAGUUCGAUCGAUGAUUUCCAGAAGGCAGUUAACAACUUCGCCGAUAUUGUGAACACCGUUGGAGUCCAUGUUCCAGCCAUCAAUAUCUCGAGUAAGCUCGAUGCGUUGGAGGACAUCCAUCUCCCAUCGAAUAUUGACAAAAGCCUCGAUACCCUGAACAGCUCGCUCCCCACGUUUGGUCAGGUCGAGAAUUUCACGCAGGGCAUUCUGUCAUUGCCAUUCGAGGAAGUGAAGAAGUUGAUAAACGAGUCCUGGGGAACCUACACUUUUGACCGGUCCGUUCUGCUGGUCCCGGAGAAGAAGCAGCUGUCGUUCUGCAAUGACAAUAACGGGAUCAAUGACUUUUUCGACGAUGUAACGGGCAUCAUCAUGACAGCUCGAAAGAUAUUCAUUAUUAUUCUCAUUAUCGCGGCCGUUCUCACCUGCGUCCCUGUGGCCUGGCAGGAGAUUCGACGAUGGCGUCACAUGAAGGAGCGCUCCCAGCUCGUCCGGAAAGAGGCCCAUGAUCCCAUGGACGUCGUCUAUAUAGUCUCCCGGCCGUAUACCGCGGGUGCUGGGAUCAAGGCUGCGAGCAGAUUCAGCAACAGCCGCAGACAGAUCCUCGUCCGCUGGGCCAUUGCCUACGCAACAACUCUGCCUGCAUUGUUCGUUCUCUGUCUCGGCAUCGCAGGCCUGAUCUCCUGUCUUUGCCAGUACUUCCUUAUACGAAGUGUGCAACGCACAGUCCCCGAGCUGACAACCCAAGUCACCGCAUUCGCAGAUAAAGUAGUGGAUUCAUUGCAAGCCUCCUCGGUGGAAUGGGCCAACAAUGCCAAUAGUGUCAUCCAGAACACAAGCACGAGCAUGAACGAUAGACUCUUCGGCUGGGUCAACACCAGCUCGACAGCUCUGAACAACACCCUGAACACAUUCGUCGACAGAACCACAGACGUCCUCAAUGACACCUUUGGCGGCACCAUCCUCUACGACCCCGUCAAGGAGGUAUUCAACUGUCUCGUCCUCCUCAAGAUCCAAGGCAUAGAAAAGGGCCUCACCUGGGUCUCUGAUCAUGCAAAUCUCGACUUCCCCCUCCUCCCGAACGAUACCUUCUCCCGUGGCGCCGCAUCAAGCAUCAAUAGUAGCAAUCCAGAUGCAUCGGGCAGCUUCCUCGCCGACUCGGGCGACCAGACCUCCGACAAGAUCAGCGAAGCCGUCGUCCGCGUCAUCGACAAGGUCGAAAGCGGCAUCCGGACUGAAGCUAUCAUCUCGGCCAUCAUCGUCCUGAUAUGGGUCUUCAUCGCCCUAAUCGGUAUCCUCCGCGCUCUGGCCCUAUUCUGGACUCGUGAAAGGACCCGCGGUGAAGGAGGUGGUUUUCCCCUUACUGCUUACUACGAUAAUAACAAUAGUAACGGUAAACCGGACCCGAACGGCUUCAUCGAUGUCCCCCUCACUUCCAUUCCUAUUCCCAGAGGUACGGAUAGUAGUGACAUCGCCCGCUCCCAGCCAGCUCCUAGGUAUGAGGCAGCUACGCAGGACCAUCCGGUGUCGAUGCCGGUUGCAGUGGCCAUCUCCACGUUCGAUGAGAAGACCGGGUGGGCCGGCCAAAGGAAUUACGAGUCCGCGUUAAAGGUGGAUGGGGAUGUUAAGAAUCUGCGCUCAAGUGCCCAUGUUGAAUAUGGGUCUGAGAAGCAUUGAGGUAAUAUCCUACAAAGUAUAGAUACUCGUCUUUGUUUUGUGAUUGAGGCUCAGGUUGAACCUUUCUAUUAAUAUAAUACCCUCUUGCUAUUAUUGUCUGUCUUAGCGUGUCUUGUUUGCUUGAUUUCUGUCGUUUAUGUUGGAGUUCAGCUGGGCUUUCCAUCAUUAGGGUUCUUGAGAAAAGAAAAUAUGAAAAAUGCAAAUGAGGUAUAGGGACAUCUCAAGCAAAUGAGAAGAUCACUAUGAUUAGAGUAUAAU